GGGACCUGGGAGUUUAUGCACAGUUUAAAUAAAACAUGGGUCAAUUAUUCAGAAUGCCUCAACUACUUCGAACCAGAAAGCGCCACAGGAAAGCAGGAGUUCUUUGAACGUCUCUACAUCAUGUACACUAUUGGAUAUUCUGUCUCCUUCAGUUCCCUAGCUGUAGCUAUUUUCAUCAUUGGUUAUUUCCGGAGACUGCAUUGCACCAGGAACUACAUCCACAUGCACUUAUUUGUUUCAUUCAUGCUGAGGGCUGCAAGUAUCUUCAUUAAGGAUAAAGUGGCCGAUGAUCAUGUGGGCAGGAAGGAGCUGGAAUCGUUUAUGAUGGGUGAUCCACAAAAUACAGUGAUGGUACCCCCAGUAGACAAAUCACAAUAUGUGGGGUGCAAGAUUGUUGUUGUGAUGUUUAUUUACUUCUUGGCCACAAACUACUUUUGGAUCCUAGUGGAAGGCCUGUACCUACACAGCCUCAUCUUUGUGGCUUUCUUUUCAGAUACCAAGUAUCUUUGGGGCUUCACCUUGGUAGGCUGGGGAUUUCCAGCAGUGUUUGUUGUGGCUUGGACAGUGGUACGAGCAAUGGUAGCAGAUGAGAAAUAUCCCUCUUGGCUUUAUAGGUGCUGGGAGUUUAGUGCUGGGGACUUCAAGUGGAUUUAUCAAGCACCUAUAUUAGCAGCAAUUGGGCUGAACUUUAUUUUAUUCCUCAACACCGUAAGGGUCCUGGCUACUAAAAUAUGGGAGACCAAUGCUGUUGGGUAUGACACAAGAAAACAAUACAGAAAACUUGCAAAGUCUACGUUGGUUCUGAUCUUGGUCUUUGGCGUCCAUUAUAUUGUGUUUGUGUGUCUGCCCCACACUUUCACUGGAUUAGGAUGGCAGAUCCGGAUGCACUGUGAACUCUUCUUUAACUCAUUUCAGGGUUUCUUUGUUUCGAUCAUCUAUUGUUACUGCAAUGGAGAGGUUCAAGCUGAAAUCAAGAAGACAUGGACCAGAUGGAAUCUGGCUAUUGACUGGAAAAGGACAACUCCAUGUGGCAACUAUAGGUACGGCUCCGUCCUCACCAAUAUGACUCAUAGUACCAGCAGCCAGUCUCAGAUGGUGGCAAGUACUCGACUGGUGCUGAUCUCUGGCAAAGCUCCUAAGAAUGUCAACAGACAGCCUGACAGCCAUGUGAAUUUACCAGGCUAUGUUAGGAGCAACUCAGAACAGGACUGCCUCCAUCAGUGGAUCCAUGAGGAACCCAAUGAAAAUGAAGAGAAGCAGGUGGAUGCCAUAUCACUGAAGGAGUGUUUGAAGGCAGUUGGAACUGUCCCAGACCCUGAGGAAAACAAAGGUAAAAUUGAGGAUGCUGUGUGA